AUGGAGCGGUUACGUUGGCGAGUGGUGGCUGUGGCGACCGUGGGUCUCGCGCUGACCCUGGAGGUGCUACCCUCCGUGCUGCGCUGGCUGAGGGCCGGGCAACGGCGACGGCGGCAGAGGCCGCUGCGGCGCGAGGUGCUCUUCUUCCCGUCUCAGGUGACCUGCACCGAGGCCCUACUACAGGCCCCGAGCGAGGGGUCGUCGGGGCCCCCAGCGGGCUGCCAGUGCAGCCUGCCCCACGGCGAGAGUUCCCUCAGCCGCCUGCUGCGCGCCCUGUUGGCCGCCCGCGCCAGCCUCGAGCUCUGCCUCUUUGCCUUCUCCAGCCCGCAGUUGGGGCGCGCGGUGCAGCUGCUGCACCAGCGCGGGGUGCGCGUCCGGGUCAUCACCGACUGCGACUAUAUGGCGCUCAACGGUUCGCAGAUCGGCCUGCUCCGCAAGGCAGGCAUCCAGGUGCGACACGAUCAGGACCUGGGCUACAUGCAUCACAAAUUUGCCAUAGUGGACAAGAAGGUGCUGAUCACGGGCUCCCUCAACUGGACCACACAAGCCAUUCAGAACAAUAGAGAAAAUGUUUUGAUUAUGGAGGAUGAGGAGUAUGUGAGGCUUUUUCUGGAAGAAUUUGAGCGUAUCUGGGAAGAGUUUAAUCCUACAAAAUAUACCUUUUUCCCACAAAAGAAGAGAAGUCACUGAAGCUGUGCUCUCCUCUGUCUUCAGAAUUCGAGGGGAGAGUGGUGUUCAGUGUUACAGAACUUUUUGUCCCUGCCUUCGAAACCAGACCAGUCCCACAAAGGAUGGGAUGCGGGACGGGCCUGUGCCUGCCUAGAGCGGCGGCUGGUUUCAGUGUCAGCCUGUGCAUUCUAUGAGAGAAAUCUCAGCGUUCGGAAAACACUCAUUCGGACUCUGUUCUCAUUCAUUAAAGUAUUAAAGUGAACUGCAGAAAGGGGGUCAAAAGGAAGGGGAAUCCCUACACCCCCAACUCUGUUGUUAACGGUCAGCUUGUUUCCCAGCAGGGGUCUAUUUGGCUACAGCUUUUCAGGAGUGGGUGCCCUGGAAAUCACCUGCUACCUUGGUCCGGGUUUCUCCUGCUAUACAGAAAAGUCUGAUUCCCUUUCCUGAUUCUAGAAUCUCUUGCUUUAGGAUCAGCUCCCCUGGCACUAUCUCCUGAACUGCCUCCUCCUUUCCUGUUGUCCUGGCUGGUCCCUUCCAGCACAGCUAACCCCUGGGUUGGGCCAGAGGUGAGCAGUCUCGCCAUUUCUGCUGUCACCAGCUCGUUGGUGCUUAUUGGCAGGCUUGAGGUUAAGGAGAGAAGUCAGGGAGGUAAAAUGCCAGGAGAGAGGGGUGCCGGGCACGGCAGGAGCGGGGAGCCCCUUCCAGGGCCCCCUGUGGGCAUUGGUUGCCAUCGCAGUGGGCGGAUCAUUCUCCUAGCCGGGUUUCCUGGCAUGAUGACCCUUUAAAAUAAAUACACAUGAGAAAAAAAAGAAUACCACAAGUACCCAUGAAAAUGUUCAUCCUCCACAGUUGCUCUUCUGUUUUCAUCCUGGUGAAUUGCACGGUCUGUCAGCAAGGGCUGUUAGUGGCCAGAGGCUGCUUCUGUUUCUGUAUGUUAUGCCUUUAAUUGUUUACAUGCUCAUGUUCAAGGUAAUUUUGUGCGCUUAGAAGUGACCUUCACUCUACCACCUGUGAACUUGCCUGAUUGGCAUUUUUGGCUCAGCGUAAUCAAUCAUGAGUUACCUGACCGUCUGGAGGAAUAAACUAGAAUAGAGACCAGUUUCAGGCUGUAGCACUUCACAGAUCUAUUUUUAUUCUCAGCUCAGGGAUUUGCUUUCACCGUAAUUAGAAUAGCUAUCUUAUGUAUGUUUGUGAAAUGUUAGAUUAUUUUUUCAUUAAUGUAUCUUUAUAGAGAUUUUUCAAAUGACACCUGAAUGGUGAUUUGGCCAUCUUGUCCUGUUUCUGCAUGUAAUAUGCGGUGACUCGUCCUGACGUCUUUUGGGUGGGUUUCACUCUCCCCAUCACAACUCAUGGUGCCACCCGGUGAGACCACUCCUUGUUGUAGGUUUUUCCCUGUUUAAAGCUACUUUUGACUUCUGUGUUAGGCAAGUAAGUACAAAGUUAAUUUUCCUGACUUAAUUGAAGCUAUAAAGUAUAAUAUAUGGAUUGGAAUUCACAGAAAUGGUUUUACACUAAAUGUUUUUUUCCCCAAGUCUGUAUGUACUCCAGCAGCCUGUGUUCUGAAAACAGGGGUUGUAGAAUGUGUCCUGGGCGCUGCAGUCGUGUUGUCCUGGACGUCUGCAUGUUUAAAUAAAUGUGUUCUUACUCCG